ACUCUGCCUCAUGAACCCGGUCGCCCUUCAAGGACUUCAGCUAGCAGUGUGGGCUGGGGGCAGGUUCUGGAGAGGUGGGUUCCUGCAGAGGAGGAGGGACUUUCACAGGCUCUCAAGGCUGUUUUAGGCUGCCCUCCUUAUCUAUCUCAGCCGGACCCUAGAAACCUGAGACCACACCAUGAAUCCCAACCCCUGGGUUUGUAAGGCUUUCUGGGGUAACCCCCAUCUCCUCCAGCCCCCUGUUGCCCAACCUGGGGGAAUAGGGACCAGAUGGGGUUCCCAGCCCUCUCAGCAUCCCCUCUUCUGUUUUGUACUCAGCUGCUCUACUCAGAGUUGGCCAGAGGUUUACCAGUUUGCUGGGCUGGAGGUGUGGAUCCAUGGGAUAGCCCCAACUGUGCCCUUCUGCCCCAGCCAGCUCAUGCCUCAGCACCUGGGGGCAGUGAACAGAGCCCUGGCUGGAGCCCAAACAUGUGGGGCCUGAUGAGGCUCCUGCUGGCCUGGCUGGGUGGCUGGGGCUGCAUGGGGCGCCUGGCUGCCCCAGCCCGGGCCUGGGCAGGCCCCCGGGGGGGCUCAGGACCAGCACUGCUGCGGACCCGAAGGAGCUGGGUAUGGAACCAGUUCUUUGUCAUCGAGGAAUAUGCUGGUCCAGAACCUGUCCUCAUUGGCAAGCUGCACUCAGAUGUGGACCGGGGUGAGGGGCGCACCAAGUACCUGCUGACCGGGGAGGGGGCAGGCACCGUAUUUGUGAUUGACGAGGCCACAGGCAAUAUCCAUGUCACCAAGAGCCUGGAUCGGGAGGAGAAGGCACAGUACGUGCUACUAGCGCAAGCUGUGGACCGAGCCUCCAACCGGCCCCUGGAGCCCCCAUCAGAGUUCAUCAUCAAGGUGCAAGACAUCAAUGACAAUCCCCCCAUCUUUCCCCUCGGGCCCUACCAUGCCACUGUGCCCGAGAUGUCCAAUGUCGGAACAUCAGUGAUCCAGGUAACUGCUCAUGAUGCCGAUGACCCCAGCUACGGGAACAGCGCCAAGCUGGUGUACACUGUGCUGGAUGGACUGCCUUUCUUCUCUGUGGACCCCCAGACUGGAGUCGUGCGCACCGCCAUCCCCAACAUGGACCGGGAGACACAGGAAGAGUUCUUGGUGGUGAUUCAGGCCAAGGACAUGGGCGGCCACAUGGGGGGGCUGUCGGGCAGCACUACGGUGACGGUCACCCUCAGCGAUGUCAAUGACAACCCCCCCAAGUUCCCUCAGAGCCUGUACCAGUUCUCUGUGGUGGAGACAGCUGGGCCUGGUACCCUGGUGGGCCGGCUGCGAGCCCAGGACCCAGACCUAGGGGACAACGCCCUCAUGGCGUACAGCAUCCUGGACGGGGAGGGGUCCGAGGCCUUCAGCAUCAGCACAGACACCCAGGGUCGAGAUGGGCUCCUCACUGUCCGAAAGCCCCUAGACUUUGAGACCCGUCGCUCCUAUUCCUUCCGUGUGGAGGCCACCAACACACUCAUCGACCCAGCCUACCUGCGGCGAGGACCUUUCAAGGACGUGGCCUCAGUGCGUGUGGCUGUGCAGGACGCCCCAGAGCCACCCGCCUUCACCCAGGCUGCCUACCACCUGGCAGUGCCUGAGAACAAGGCUCCUGGGACCCUGGUGGGCCAGGUCUCAGCCACUGACUUGGACUCCCCAGCCAGCCCGAUCAGAUACUCCAUCCUCCCCCACUCGGACCUGGAACGCUGCUUCUCUAUCGAGCCUGAGGACGGCACCAUCCGCACGGCAGUGCCCCUGGACCGUGAGGCUCAUGUCUGGCACAACCUCACAGUGCUGGCCACAGAGCUCGACAGCUCCGCACAGGCCUCUCGCGUGCAAGUGGUCAUCCAGACCUUGGAUGAGAAUGACAACGCUCCCCAGCUGGCUGAGCCCUAUGACACCUUUGUGUGUGAUUCUGCAGCCCCUGGCCAGCUGAUUCAGGUCAUCCGGGCCCUGGACAGAGAUGAAGUCGGCAACAGUAGCCGUGUAUCCCUUCAAGGUCCUCUGGGCCCUGAUGCCAACUUCACUGUCCGAGACAACCGAGAUGGCUCUGCCAGCCUGUUGCUGCCCUCUCGCCCUGCUCCGCCACGUCAGGCCCCCUACCUGGUUCCCAUAGAACUGUGGGACUGGGGGCAGCCAGCACUCAGCAGCACUGCCACAGUGACUGUCAGCAUGUGCCGCUGCCGGCCUGAUGGCUCUGUGGCAUCCUGCUGGCCUGAGGCUCAGCUCUCACCCACUGGGCUCAGCACCGGGGCCUUGCUUGCCAUCGUCACCUGUGUGGGCACCCUGCUUGCCCUGGUGGUGCUCUUCGUGGCCCUGCGGCGUCAGAAGCAGGAAGCACUGAUGGUGCUGGAGGAAGAGGACGUCCGCGAGAACAUCAUCACCUACGAUGACGAGGGUGGCGGCGAAGAGGACACGGAGGCCUUCGACAUCAGCGCCCUGCAGAACCCCGACGGGGCGGCCCCGCAGGCCCCUGGCCCACCUGCGCGCCGCGAUGUGCUGCCCAGGGCCCGGGCGCCGCGCCAGCCCCGACCACCCGGCCCCGCUGACGUGGCUCAGCUCCUGGCGCUGCGGCUCCGCGAGGCGGACGACGACCCCAGCGUGCCGCCCUACGACUCGGUGCAGGUGUACGGCUACGAGGGCCGCGGUUCCUCCUGCGGCUCCCUCAGCUCCCUGGGCUCUGAGGCCGGCGGCGCCCCUGGCCCCACGGAGCCGCUGGACGACUGGGGGCCGCUCUUCCGAACCCUGGCCGAGCUGUACGGAGCCAAGGAGCCCCCGACCCCCUGAGAGCCAGCCGCCCUGCCCGCAGAGGUGGGGUAGCCUACACAGGCCCUCUGAGUGAGCCCCUGGGGUCCAGGCAGGCGGCAGCAGCGAGGGGGCCCAGGCUCCUCCCUUCCCUGUGUCCCUCCUCCCAGCCCCUUCAGGGCAACCUCCUUCUUACCUCCCUCCUCCUGAGUUGUCUGACAGUCCAGGGAUCCGUGUCUCUGUCUAUAACACUCUCCCUGUCUGGGUCUGGGUUGUGUGGCUCCGACUCUGAAUCUCUCUGUUCUGUCACUGUGAUUCCGCUUUCUCCGUGGCUCUGUUUUUGUCUCUCGGAUUCUAAAUCUCUCACCCAUGCUCUCUCUGUCUCCGUAGCCCCCGCACACGUGCUCUGUGUCUGUCUGCCCACAUCUGCCCCCAUUCUCUCUGGGUCCCUGUGACUGGCUUUUUGGUUUUUUCUGUUGUCCAUCCCCAAAGCAAGAGAAACUUCCAGCCAUUGCUGCCCACCCUCCUGCAGCAGAUGUUCUGCCCCAGACCUGCCCGCAUGGUUCCAUCCAUCACUCAUGGCCUCAUCCUGGCUCUACUGGCCUCCAGCAGAGAGAGGGAGCCAGCUCUCCCAGGCACGAGCUCCAGCCCCCCCGCGUGGCCGCCUCCCUGGAGCUCUGCCCUACUGGUGGCAUCCCAGCUCUGGGCAUUGUCUUGUGUUCUUCCCAGGCCCAAGGGGGAAGG